GCCUGGGAACGCCUCGGGAUCCCCCGGGAAGAGCUAGACGAAGUGGCUGGGGAGAGGGAAGUCUGGGUUUCCCUGCUUAGGCUGUUGCCCCCGCGACCCGACCUCGGAUAAGCGGAAGAUGAUGGAUGGAUGGAUAAAAAAAUAUAAGAAUUGUACUGAUCCCAGGUCAGAUGUGCACCUGGCCAAAAUAACUGACCCCAGGUCAGAUGUGCACCUGCCCGAAAGAACUGAUUUCAGGUCAGAUGUGCACCUGCCCAUUAAAACUGAUCCCAGGUCAGAUGUGCACCUGCCCAUUAAAACUGAUCCCAGGUCAUAUGUGGACAUGGGCACAAGAAGUGAUUUCAGGUCAGACGUGCACCUGCCCAUUAAAACUGAUCCCAGGUCAGAUGUGCACCUUCCCAUUAAAACUGAUCUCAAGUCAGAUGUGCACCUUCCCAUAAUAACAGUUCCUGGAAUUUCUGCAAAGUGCUGGGAAAAUGGAAGCUGUGGCAUUUUUGGCUGAUAUAACCUCCCAUCUCAAAGACCUAAAUCUCAAGCUACAGGGGAAGAAGAACACAGUGUGUGAGCUGAUGCCAGAAGUCCGUGCCUUCCAGAGGAAGCUGGAGCUUUUCAAAAGUGACAUACAGGAGGAACUGCUCCACUUCCCCAAACUUCUGGAACUGACCAAAGGAGAGGGAGAUCAUCAGUGCCAUUUGGAAUUCUUGGAAAAACUCAUUGCAAAUUUCAAGACUCGCUUUGAUGGCUUCAGUUUGGGAAAACAAGUCCUGCUGUUCACUGAAAACCUAUUCCUGAUCAGAAAUGUGAGUGUGCUCUCUGCAGAAGCAAAACAAGUCUUCCCAUGGCCCAGAGCUGCUUCACUGCAGACUGAGCUAAUUGACCUCCAAGAAAGUGUCGCACUGAAAGAGGCUCGGUGUGACGCCAUCACCUUCUGGUCAAAGCUGGUCAUUCCUUCCAAGUUCCCUCUGCUGCAUAAGAUGGCCCUGUCACAUCCUCACAAUGUUUGCCUCAACAUACAGCUGUGAGUCUGCCUUCUCUACUAGUGUUGUGUCGUUCGCAAACGAUUCGUUCGAAAGAACGAAUCUUUUGAGUGAACGUACUGAACCGAAUCACUUCCUGAACUGAUUCGUUCCUUUCUCAGUUCAGUUCAAUCAAUCAAUGUUUAUUUAUAUCGCCCCAAAUCACAAAUGUCUCAAAGGACUGCACAAAUCAUUACGACUAUAACAUCCUCGGAAGAACUCACAAAAGGGCAAGGAAAACUCACACCCGGUGGGCAGGGAGAAUUCACAUCCGG